AUGAGUUCCAAAGGAACUAAUACCACUUCUAUAUAUAAGUCAAGAGCCAUUGGAAAAACAAAAAUACUACUCCUCUUUCACCCCUCACUCUCUGCUCUGUUUUCACUCUCUUGCUCGCAACAACUCACUCAAGAACUAUUUCAAAUGGAUCCUCCAUGUUCACCACCUUUCUUUGUGGGUUCGGUCAAUGGGCUGAUUUGUCUUUUUAAUCGGAGAAGGGAUACAUAUAUAUGGAACCCCACCAUUAAGAAGUCUAAGAAAUUACUUAAGUCAUCGUGGGGUACCUCUCGCUAUAACAAAUAUGGUUUUGGAUACGAUGAAUCACGUAACGAUUAUAAAGCCCUAUUUAUUGAUCAUUGUGGUAAUUCUUGCAAUGGUAAGUUGUCCAACCUAAGGGUUGUUGUCAAUAUUUACAGUUUGAGAACUGAUUCUUGGACAACACUCCAUGGCAAACUUCAGGGAAUCUUUCUAUUAAAUUAUUCAGGUAAAUUUAUCAAUGGGAAGAUUUAUUGGGCUGCAUCUACGGGUAUUCAUGAUUACAAUGUGCGCAACAUCAUUUCAUUUGAUGUAGCAGACGAGACAUGGGGAAGCUUAGAGCUUCCCAUUUGUGGAGAAGAAGUUUUUAAUAUCAAACUGGGAAUUGUGGAAAGUGAACUUUCUGUGCUCUAUACUUGUAAGCCAGGUACUACCUCUGAUGUCUGGAUUUUGAAAGAUCGCAGAGUUAAUGUAUCAUGCAUGAACCAGUUCACCACCGAAUAUCCUCAAUAUGCUGUAUUGUAUGGGUUUGAUUCACCCAUUUUCACAUUUUCUAUAUACCUUUGCCUGUCAGAUAAGGGUGAUAUUUUACUCUUGAUUCCCGGAAAAAUCAUGAUAUUUGAUGGUUCAACUAAAAAAUUCAAGCACACUGCUAUUGUUAAGGAAUGCAAUACUGCAGAAAUCCAUGGAGAAAUCAUUGUUAAUCCCCUAACAAUAUCCUGUAAGAGUUCUGCUUAG